AUGGCGGCCCUGAAAAUCGCGAACGUCAACUGGCAAUCCAACCUAAAUCAAGCUGCACACCACACCGCUGACUACAGCAGCACAGACACAAUCCUGCGGAGAGGACAGGCCUUCAGCAUCACUCUGAACCUCCGAACAACGGUGCGAUCUGGGUACCACCUCACCUUUGUUGCAAGCACAGGACCAUCUCCAGAUGAAUCACAGCAGACCAAGGCCGUAUUUAACCUUUCGGAGGAGGGUGCCACUGGCUGGAGUGCAACGCAAGAGCCCAGUGAGCCUGGCUGCAUGAACUUCAAAAUACUCAGCCCAGCCAACGCCAUCAUUGGACGAUACAAACUCAAACUCCAGACUGUUUCUGGGAACAAGGUCUCUUCCACACUCCUGGGCCAGUUUGUGCUACUCUUCAAUCCCUGGUGUCCAAGUGACGAUGUCUAUAUGGCUAAUGAAGAGGAGCGACAGGAGUAUGUCCUGAAUGACAGUGGAAUCAUAUUUCAGGGACUGGAAAAAUAUAUUCAACAAGAAGCUUGGAACUAUGGACAGUUUGAAGAGGAUAUCCUUGAUAUCUCUUUGGCUAUACUGGAUCGAAGCCUGAACCACCGCCAAGAUCCAGCUGCUGAUGUUGCCAACCGAAGCGACCCCGUCUACGUGAGCAGGGUUGUCAGCGCUAUGGUUAACAGCAACGACGAAAAAGGAGUAGUGGAAGGGAGGUGGAGUGAGACGUACUGCUCAGGAACCAACCCCCUGCAGUGGAGUGGAAGCGUGACCAUCCUGCGGCAGUGGUACCGGGGCAGAUACAAACCUGUGCGGUAUGGCCAGUGCUGGGUCUUUGCAGGAGUGAUGUGCACAGUGCUGAGGUCCCUGGGGAUCCCUACUCGAGUUGUCACGAACUUCAACUCUGCCCACGACCGGAACGUAAACCUGAGCAUUGAUAAGUACAUCGACACCUCCGGAAAGACCCUGCACUUCACUGAAGACUCCGUGUGGAACUUCCACGUCUGGAAUGAAAGCUGGUUCAUCAGAAGAGACCUGGGCUCGUUUUACGAUGGAUGGCAGGUUCUGGAUGCUACACCCCAGGAAAGGAGCAAAGGCAUCUACCAGUGUGGUCCUGCUUCCACCCGAGCCAUCAAGGAAGGGGAUGUGAACCUGGAUUAUGACAGCUCCUUUGUGUUUGCAGCAGUGAAUGCUGACUACGUUACCUGGAUUCACUACAGCAACAAAAGAAGAGAAAGGAUUUAUUCUGAUACUAAGAAGAUUGGAAAAUUCAUCAGUACCAAAGCUGUGGGCACCAACUCCCGCGUGGAUAUCACUGCUAAUUACAAGUAUCCAGAAGGCUCCUUGAAAGAAAGGAAGGUGUAUAAAAAAGCACUGAAGCUGCUCGGUGUGAGAAGCACUGGAAAAAGAACCAAAAUUAGAAGGCGUAGAAGACGACCUUCAGCAGCCCGGAGACCAAACGCGAUGCCGCCUGCACGACCCAGCAUCUCAGGGAAGCUGAGCCUUGACGCACCUCCUGUCAUUGGCCAGGAUAUCUGCCUUUUCCUGGUGCUCAGGAACUUGAACGCAGACUUCAAGACCGUAAAGGUUAAACUGAGGGCUUCAGCUGUCCUCUACACACGAAAACCAAAGGCCGAGAUUUUGCAGUUGUCCAGGUCCAUUAAACUCGGAGCUGAAGAAGUGAAAGAGAUUUCAUUCAAGAUCUCCCACUGCCAGUACAAAAACUCUCUGCGGGAUGACAGGAAGAUCCUGGUGACUGCUCUGUGUGAAACCAAGCAGGGAGCCUCGCUUCUCGUGGAGAAGGACGUUGUACUUCAGGAUCCUUUUCUCACCAUCAAGGUCCUUGGUGCAGCAGUGGUACACGAGGCUGUUGAUGUGCAGGUCACCUUCACCAACCCACUGUCAGAAGUGGUGACAGGCUGUGUGCUGAGGGCAGAAGGCAGCGGCCUGCUCAGAGAGCAGCUCCGAAUCGACGUGGCGAGAAUGGCCCCCAUGGAGAGCUCCACAGUCCAGUUUGAGAUCACUCCCUACAAGAGUGGCACCAGGCAGCUUCAGGUGGACUUGGUUUGCGCCCAUUUUUCAGACAUCAAGGGAUUUGUGAUGCUUGAUGUGGCUCCUGCCCAGUGA